GUCAAUAGUGUCAAAUCGAAUAGAAAUGUCAAAGUCCAUCCUCCCCGCACUCCGCUGAGGAGGAGGCAAUGAUUUAUUUUUGUAAACAUUCAGUAAGUUACAAGCACUCAGACGGUUUUCAACGAAGAUAAAAAGUUUUUAAUCACUUAUUGUUAUAAUAUUUGGCUUCGACAUGGUGCUCGUAAAGUCUCUGGCCGGUGUGAGAGUUCUGCCAAAACCAGUAUUCGCAGAACAGUCAGACAACUACAUUCUGUCUCCGGAACAAAUUAAGUUCUAUGAGGACAACGGAUACCUAGUUAUAAAGGAAUUGAUUGAUUUCACAUGUUUAUACAGUUACAAACAGCGCUUCUUACAAAUAUGCAAGGGAAUAGUACCGGCCGGUAACGUGAGGGUAGUCAAAGAGCCAUCCUUAGUAGCAAAGAAUUUGAAACCUGAAGAGUAUAUCAAUAAGAUCCAAGAGCUACUCUAUGACGAUGUAUUCAUAACAUACGGGGAGCACCCUCGUCUACUAUCAGUACUGUCUCAGUUCAUUGGGGAUGACAUCACCGCCGUCAACAGCAUGUUCAUCAACAAGCCUCCUGGAUCCUCGCGCCAUCCACCACACCAGGACUUAUUCUACUUCCCAUUCCGUCCUGCGGAGAAGAUCAUCGGUGCUUGGACGGCCGUGGACCACGUGAACGUUGAGAACGGAUGCCUGUACGCUGUACCCGGGUCUCACAAGGCGAAGACCCUGUACCAACACGCUGGGAAGAAGGAUGCCUUGAAACUUUAUCACGGUGUAGAUGAAGAGGAAAUUGCUCCUUUGGACCAGAGAGUUCACCUCGAGAUGAGUCCGGGAGACACUGUGUUCUUACACCCAUACUUGCUGCACGGUUCUGGACCUAAUGUCUCUAAGAACUACAGAAAAGCCAUAACGUUCCACUUCGCGAAUAGUUCGUGUGAGUACAUCGACCUAGAGGGCACGCUGCAGGAACAUUUGGCUAAGGAGGUCGAAGCACAGGCCGCUAAAAUGGGACUUGGAGAACUCAACUAUAUUGAUGUAUGGAGAUUCAAGAGCAAACAAGUGAAGGGAGUUCGUUCCAACUUGUAGAGCACAAUUAAUAAAUAUGUAUGUAUAGAUGUACA